AUGAGAAAGUGGAUUCCGCCCGCGGAGCGUGAGCCCCCCCCGGCCUACAGCCAGCAAGAGGUCGAUGAGGUGGAUGAAUCGAGCGAGAGUGACGUUAGCGAGAACGACGAUGACGGGGAUGACAAUGGCGAGAAUGACAAUGGCGGGAAUGACAAUGGCGGGAAUGUCAAUCGUGGGAAUGUCAAUCGUGGGAAUGUCAAUCGUGGGAAUGUCAAUCAUGGGAACGUCAAUCAUGCGAAUGUCAAUCAUGGGAACGUCAAUCAUGCGAAUGUCAAUCAUGGGAACGUCAAUCAUGCGAAUGUCAAUCAUGGGAACGUCAAUCAUGCGAAUGUCAAUCAUGGGAAUGUCAAUGACACAGUAGUGGCAGAGCAGACCCGGAAAGUUCAUCAGCUCCGGCAGAAACGUGAUGAACAGGAGGACUUGAUCGAACGCCAGAAGGACCUCAUUCGCCGUGUGGAGGAAAAAAAGUCCAAGUACGAUCUACAACUGGCCUGGAAGAUGUGCGCACAGCUCUUCCAGCCCGGCCCGCCGAUCCGACCCAUCUUGACGCGCAGCGAGUUGUGGGAGUAUGAGCUCGAGGACGACGAGUUGAGAUACCACAGAGAAGUCCGGCAGAAAUGGCCCAUGAGCCCGCUGGAGCAUGAACUGGAGGACCUGCAACUCGUCACCGAGUACAACCGCAAGUUGCUCGUGAGAAUCCAACACUCAAUCGAAAAGGCCGAGGAUAAGUGGCAGGAUAGCCUCCACUUAUGGGAACGCUACCGCCGUCAGGAGGAACGUGAUCGGGAGGAUCGAGAGCGGGAAUGGGAUCGGUUGCGGUUGAGAGUUGAAGUAGUCAAGCAGGCGCAUAAGGACAUGGUCAAGGAUGAGAUGACGCGAGGCACGGAGACUCGAGGCGUGAAACGCAAGGCUGACGAGCAGGCCGCCGGCGGUAGUCGCCCGCGUGAGGGGGGACAUGUUGACAACCCUCUGUAUGUGUGA